AUGUUCAAGGCACGUGACUUGCGCGUGAUGUCGCCUCUAAUCUUUGGCCUCCGCCAACUCGCACGCACCGUGCACUGGCCCAGAGGGACGAUGCCACCAAGACGCGCAGCGACCAGCAGCAGUAGCAGAAGCAAAAGGAAGGCGGAAGAAUCGGCUGACUCGGCUGACGAAUCGCUCAAAACGUCGAAGAAAGCAAGGGUAGCCGAAGCCGUUCCGUCUGCCUCGGCCGGAAGCUCUCAGCCGACGAACAAAGUAGUGCCUGACACCAUCGUCUUCCCAGGUAUAACGCAUCCCGGCACUCUUAGACUGGCGACAUGGAACGUAUGUGGACUGGCAGCGAGUCGGAAGAAGGGGUUCCAGAGAUACAUCGACGCGGAGGACCCGGAUGUCUUGGUGCUCACGGAGACGAAGGUCAAUGACGAACCGAGCAUGGAUCUAGCGCUCAAAGCGCGUUUCCCUUAUUGGCAUUGGUCUAUCUCUGCCAAGAAAACCUACUCUGGGACCGCGAUUUUGUCCAAGCACAAGCCUCUGAGCGUGACUUCCACGCUGCCGGGGCACCCCGACCCCACCCUUGUCAAGGGAAGGAUCGUGACGAUGGAGUUUGAGAACUGUUUCGUGGUCGGCACGUAUACGGUGAACGCAGGUUCUGAUUUGAAGGCGCGUACCUUGGACCAGAAGAAAGAGUGGAAUACUCAUUUUGAGACCUACGUGCGGGAUCUCGACAAGCGGAAGCCUGUCAUCUGGACGGGAGACCUGAACGUUGCUCCGACAGAACUAGGCAUGUACUUCAGAAUGCGCUUCCAUCUCACGAAUGCUAAAUCCAACUGGAACAAGACAGCUGGGUAUACGGAAGCGGAGACGACUGCGUUCAAACGAUUCAUUGAACCGCCCGAAGACGUCGCAGAUGCUGCCACGUUCGUCGAUGUGUGGAGGCAGUUGCACCCCACGGAAAGACAGUACACAUACUUCUCGUAUCGGUUCAACUGCCGACUCAAAGGGAUCGGAUGGAGGCUGGACAUGUUUGUCUUGAGCGAGCGCAUCGCAAGUAAGGUCAAGAUGUGUGAAAUCCGAGGCGAAAUCUACGGGGCUUCCGACCACUGUCCGCUCGUCAUGGAGAUCGAAGGCGCGCUGUGAAGAGCUUAUGCGGACAACUCAGGCUUGGUAUUCACCGAAACGAGUGUGACCUGUUUCCGAUGCAUGGGCUUGAGCGCCUUUCUCGCCUUUGAGGCCUUUGUCACAGAUCUAAGCGUAGAAAUAUUGGUCGGCUCGUUUGGUAUUCCAUGUGGCACUCACCAGACACUUGAGAUCAAACGUUGCUGUGUUCGUGUACUUGUGUUUGUCUUUCAGAAUCUUGGCGAGCUUUUUGGCUGCAUCCAUGAUGUCCGCAUUUCG